AUGGACACUCUCUCCUUUAAGGAGCGGGUUCAUCAGUGCCGACGCAACAGACAACCUCUCACAGAUGAAGAAAUCGCCUAUAUCACCCAGGAGAGUGCCGAGUUAGCUGGUGCCGCUUCAGAUCAGAUUCAGUGGAUGUCAAAGGCAGAGCAGGUGCUGAGCAAACCUGCUAGUGAAAUCACCAUGGAUGACGCCCGAAACAUAACGUCGAAGGAGGUAUCAGUCGCCUACGGAUAA